AUGGAGGCAGAGACCUCAAGAAUAGCUUCGCCACCAAUGGCUUGGUAUACCUGUGCACUACUAUACAACUGGGCCACGGACCAGCAAGAGAAGUCUCCAUAUAUUCCACUCACAUCCGCAUAUGGCACAUACCCAGUGCGACUUGCAGAUGCCCGACGGAAACAGGUCCUGUAUGCAUCUCAACGAAAGUGGUGUGAGGCUGCUGGGUUGGACUGUGCUCCGGUCCUGUGCCGGGGGGAAGCAGAUAAGUAGGCCUCCUGUGAACACUCGUUCUGGAUAAUGGGUCAUUACCUGUCAAGCAUAGGCAUACCUAAUAGCAAACACACCGCAAUUCAUCAGUUACCAAGACGCAGGCUAUCUAUGUUCUCAUGUUUAAUUGCUUACCCAGUGGUUUUUGUUAUAUAUUUAAUGGGACAACACUACAAUGAUCCUCAGCUUAGUUUUAAUUCCUAAUCAUUGCCCUAUUAGACAUAGCUUGUUCCAAUACUCCUGUACUAACCUAAAAAUGUGCACUGUUCGUAUGCCAAACAAAUGUUUUUCUGUGUUUAUUGAAACGCCUGCACCAGCUGUUGUGGCGAAGCAGGCAUACCUGUACAGUCUAUGCACACUAAAAAUAAAGAAUUUUUUUUUUUUUAAAUAACAAAUAUUUUAUACCAUAAAUAAAGAUUCUAUGACUUUUUAUCUCAGAAGAGGUUGCCUUUUCAAGUUCUGUAGAUAAUCUUAAAGACAGACCUGAAUGUGAUUAUAAAAAAAAGUCACUCAUUGCCAUAUUGAAAUUUAUACACCAAGAAAAUUUGAUUUUUUUACAAAAAAAAUGUGAUUAUAAUUAAAACCUUAAGUAGGAAUUUUCUUUCACUUUUGGUGACAUAAUUGGCCACCACUUGCAAAAAAAAAGCAUCCAAGCCUUCUUAUUAAACUAUCUAUAGAAUCUGACAGAGAAUUCCACUUCUUUAUUGUUCUUACUAUAAAGAACACUUUCCUAUGCUGUAAGUGAAAACGCUUUUCUUCCAGUCUGAAUGGGUGACCUCUUGUCUAUUGUACAUUCUUGCUAAUGAACAGGCUAGCACCAAGUGGUUUGUACUGACUCUGUAUAUAUUUGUAUAGUGCUAUCAUAUCCCCACUGAGGCACCUUUUUUUCUAAAGAACACAAAUUCCAUCUUUUCUACCCUUUCCUCAUAACUAAAGUUUUCCAUUCCCUUUACUAAUUUUGUAUCUCGCUUCUGCACUUUUUCUAGUUCUGCAAUAUGCUCCGUUGGAACAGGUGCCCAAAAUUGCAUUGCAUAUUCAAGAUGGGGGUAUUACCAUUGAUUUAUAUAGAGGCAAAAUUAUAUUCUGAUCAUGUGAAAUUGUUUUUGUUUUUUUUGCCUUCUUUUGGAUCGCCAGGAUAAAGAGACGUCCUUUAAAGGUUCAGCUUGAUGGUCUACAGUCUUUUUUUCAACCUUGAUUAUUAUGUAACUAUACGUAGCUAUGUAUCCUACUACAAAUCUUUUUUAAACUGUGGGAAAGCAGACAAGAGCAAUUAGUAACAUGUAGACUGAAGCGUGGCCAAAAAACAUGGUUCAGCCAAACUGUGGGAAUUUUUUUCAAAAAGUUUAAUUUAUCUCUAACACUUAUUCAGCUGGCGGUUCAGUUCGUCCAAAUAUCAUCCAUGAAAAAGAUUCUGGAAAAUGAAUCAGACAAACCAAAAAUUACAUGGAGAUGGGCCAAUCAGUGAACUUCUAAAUGUAUACAUAAUAUAAAUAUUAUGCAGAUAUUUUACAGUGCACUGGUAGGUGCAUUCCGACACCAUUCUUCAUCCAUUCUUCCACCAUUUUUUUGCCAAAACAAAUAUAUCAUUCCUGAAUACACACUGCUCUUGAGACAAUGUUUCAGGAAAUCAAAAUCUGCUGACUGUAAAGCUUGUUUUCAGUAAAUGUUAAAUGGGGGCACAGUUCUUGAAAAACAUGUGUUUUAGAGCAGAGCUAUUCAGUUUAAAUGUGCAUUUAUUACACGUUGUUAUGUUGUAAUCCUUAACUUUAUGAUAUCUCAUAAACGUGUUAACUAUAAUGUAACAUAUUAACAAUUACUAUAGUAAUUUGUACAACAAAAAUGAAAAAGAAAAACAACAAGGUAACCUCAAUCUUUUGCAAAAAGUUUACAUUUUUAAUAAUUCAUGGACUUUCUAAGUCAUAAUUGGAAUUAGUUAAAAGAAAGUCUUAAAAUGUGUCAGACCAGGCACUCUGUCAUUCGUUAUCAAUGCUGAUUUCUUGUUAUCAGUGCUGAUUACUGUUCUUAGUGCUGAUCAAUACUGAUUUAAGAUGAACACGGCAGGAUUUUAAGAUUGACUGUAUGUGUUAAAUCCAAAGAAUUGAUUGGAUCAUCUGCCAGAACAAAAGGAGUCCCAUAAAAGACAGUGGGGAACACCGGUGCACCGUUGCAAAGAGGUAGUGUGGAGUAGAGGCCAGAAAAGAGGACGUUUAAAGAACAUUGAGAAAGGUGAUAUGAGAACUAUGAAAGACCAGAGUCAUGGUGGCCAGGUUUACAGAGGAUAAACAAAGGUUAUGGAAGGUGGGAUGAAGAAGCCAGUAGUUUACAUUGUCCAAAGCAGAAGAAAAAUUAAGAAGAAUUAGUAAAUCAUAGCAUCCUAUGAAUUUAGCAGAAAUUAAAUUCAUGGUCACACUUAGUCUGUAGACAUUGACCUAAGUGUCUUCUGGUCUUCUGACCAGGGAACAAUGCUUGGUGCUGGUACAUUUCGGUACAGGUUGAGGAUUAUUGAAUAGCUGCUUACUGAUUUGGGAUCCUGAGCUCAAAGAGCAGAGGGUACCUAGAGCUGACCUUUCUUAAAAAUAGCACCCUUUCACACUCUAACACAAGCUAUUAUCGCACUUUACUAGAUAUUAAUUAUGUCCUGUUUCUAUCUUAAUGUUGACCGAACAUGCAAUCAGAAUAAAAGCAUUCAUAAUUUUUUAUUAAGCCAUUUUUUUUCUUACAUAUUUUUAUUUAGGAUUUUAAACUAAUCAUACCGACCACCACAUACUUCUGCUCUGCCAAAUUCAUGGAGUUGGUUAUCUAACCUAUUCAUUAGCUGGGGCCUUAUCACAAUAAGAAUGAUAUAACUAAAGGUAUUCUGUAGAAUUCUAAGGUAGAUAUGGUGUCUGCAACAGCUGUAGAGGUCCACAAAGAACAAAUAAUGAUAUGGUCAAAUGCCUCUGUCCAUGUAAAAAGCUCAUAUUGUAUCACAUAGAACAAUUAAUGAAUAAACGUGUGACUUCAAUCAUCACCGCAAUAGGAUCAGAAUGCUGCUCUUUGGCACUUACAAGCUGCAAAAUAUAUAUAAAGACUAUUAUGGUUCCACUGGAAUAAUUUUGGGGUUUGUACAAGACUAUUCCAAAUAUAAAAUAAGUUAAGCACAAGAUCAGGAAAUUGGCCAAUUGUUUUUAAUUUUCCACCACAUUCUAUGUUUAAAAAAAAUUUACCUCUUACCUCGGACUAACUACUGAUCAGAAACGUCAACUUUACCAAACAUUAAAUUAUAGAUCUGCUGUAAUCGUAACAGUACGGAAAUACACCACACAGCGCAAUCCACUCUUAUUGAGUUUAUAGUGGAUAAUUUGUGUCCACCUCAUUUUAUCACUAAGGAGUCAUAAAGAAAGAAUAGCCUGGGGCAGCAAUGGCCGUUUCAACCAAUAAUGUGAUAUUUGUUGUUGACAUGACAGACACAUAACGGCAACAACUCUUUUCUCUUCAAUACAACCUCCGUUCCUAUAUCAUAAUUCAUAGUCCUCUGUUUCCAAAUAUUUUCCUCUUUUUACAAUCGAUCAGCUUAGUUUAUGACACAUAAUUAUUACGACAGAAGAAGGGGGGGUUGAGUGACCUGAUGUUGCCCAUUUGCAGUAUAAUCUGUGUUUUAAGUGGAGUCAUUUAUCUGUUAUGAGGUUGGAAAAAUUAAAACGCUAAGGUCACUCGCUUGUAGAUUGUGAUUUAGUUAAUUACCAUUCUCAGUUAUUCUUCUGCUGGUAUAGGUUUUGCAGGCAGCAAGUAAAACGGAGACCGGUUCCUGUAUAUAUGCCCUUCAAGGCUUAUUUCACAAGGCUUAUUUCACAAGGCUUGUUGAUUCAUGCCACUUGCUGGGUUAUUUACUAAGAUGGGAAACAACCAAUAGCUGAUUUGGAGUAUUUUAUCAGUUUGGAUAUUAUUUAAUCCUAAGAUUUGCCAUUCUCUGAUCAAUUCCCAUUUUAAUAACAAACCCUAAAAUAAUGCAAACUCCCCACGUCCCAAUGUCCCAUCUUAUACAAACAUGUCAAUGGAAACAGGAGUAAUGACAAAUCUUUGUGCCUCCAUGUGUAAUGCUUCAUAGUUCUAACCAUAAUGUUCAACCAACAGAAAGGCUGGCAUAGCGUCAUUGGACAACAGAUAAGGCACCGAUAUAUUGCGAUCACAGGCAUAGCAAAUGGUAAUGUAAUAUUUUAGUUGGGUUAUAAUUUUGAAAGAACUGUACUUGUAGCUGUACUUGUAUCUUCUAGUUUCAGGCCGCUUCAAUAACUUUAAAGAAAAUACUAGAACUAACCCAAAUUAUAACACCAACAUUAAUCCUAGCCCUAAUAUUACCACUGUAAGGAAAAUGGAGGUUUGUCUGCUUACUAGGAGAGAAUGGUUAAUGAGUUAAUGACUAAUCAUCGUUUUGUUCGUAUCUGCCAUAGUUCCAGAGGUCUUUUGAAGGACCUUGGCAUUUUUUAAGCACACAAAGUUAUUUCAGCUGACUCUCCUACUUCUCAUUAUUUGCCUAACAUUUGUCUUUUCUUUCUUGGCAUGAAAUGCUGAUUUUAUUUACAAUAUAUCUUGUUCUUGAAGUGUGGUUUGUGAAAACCUAAAUAUGGAUGCCUCUUGUGCCUCCCAUAUUCUUGUUUGGCUAAACGCCCAGGAAAGUCUCAACCUCAUUAUAUUUGUAGAGAAUAAUCAAUCACUUUAUGCUUGAAUAUUAAGUAAGGAUGUAUCAACCUAUUGUUUGUUUUUGUGUUGGUUUUAUAAAUCAUGGUUUUGUAAUCAUAUUGUAACCAGUAUAUAGGUUGGGGUUGGGACCACCCCAAGCCAGAAAUGCAUAUUACCACUGUGCUGCCUUCAGUGUAACCCUUUCAUUAAACAAACUCUCUAAGAACCUGCCUAGUGUGCAACCCAUCAAUCACUUACACCCCUAAUCCUAACUCUAAUCCUAUCAUAACACUUACACUGAUCCUAGGCCUAACAUUAACAUUAAUCCUAGUCGAAACACUAACCCUAACUCUAACACUAAUCCUAGCCAUAACAGUAACAAUAAUCCUUACUCUAACACUAAUCCUAACCCUAGAAUUAACACGAAUUAUACCCUAACAGUAACACUAAUGCUAGCUCUAACAUUAAUACUAAUCGUACCCUACCAUUAACACUAAUCUUAGCCCUAACAUUAAUACUAAUCCUACUUUAACAAUACUAAUCCUACUCUAAUGUUAACAUUAAUCUUAGCUCUCACAUUAAUACUAAUCCUACCCUAACAGCACUAAUUCUACCCUAACAUUAACACUAAUCCUUGCUCUAACAUUAACACUAACCCUAGCUCUACCAUUAAUACUAAUCCUACCCUAACAUUUACACUAAUACUGCCAUAACAUUAACACUAAUCCUACCCUAAAGUUAACACUAAUCCUGGUCCUAACAUUAACACUAAUCCUAGCUCUAACAUUAAUACUAAUCCAACCUUAACAACACUAAUCCUACCCUAACAGUAACACUAAUCCUAGCUCUCACAUUAAUACUAAUCCUACCCUUAACAACACUAAUCCUACCCUAACAUUAACACUAAUCCUAGCUCUAACAUUAACACUAAUCCUAGCUCUAACAUUAAUACUAAUCCUAGUCCUAGCAUUAACACUUAUCCUAGCUCUACCAUUAAUACUAAUCCUAGCUCUAACAUCAACACUAAUCCUAGUCCUAACAUUAACACUAAUCCUACUCCUAACAUUAACUCGAAUCCUAGUUUUAACAUUAACACUAAUCCUAGUCCUAAUAUUAACUCUAAUCCUACUCCUAACAUUAACACUAAUCCUAGUCCUAACAUUAACACUAAUCCUACUCCUAACAUUAACUCGAAUCCUAGUUUUAACAUUAACACUAAUCCUAGUCCUAAUAUUAACUCUAAUCCUACUCCUAACAUUAACACUAAUCCUAGUCCUAAAAUUAACACUAAUCCUAGCUCUCACAUUAAUACUAAUCCUACCCUAAAAGCACUAAUUCUACCCCAACGUUAACACUAUUCGAAGCUCUAACAUUAACACUAAUCCAAGUCAUUGAACAGGUGACUUUAGAUGAAAGAGGUGGUGACCUCUUGAUGCAUCUAAGAAAAAGAGAGGGUUAUUGGAUACACACAUUAAAACUAUGCAACCAAGGGGACUGAAUGUUGAUUUUGAUUUGAUGUGCUUUUUAUAAUAGUGUUCUUUAUAAUAGUGUCUUUUAGAUUGAUUUUAUGGAUUCUUCUUUUUUACCUUUUAUUAAUAAUCUUGUUUAUUUAAGAUUUAUUUAGUAAUUUUGUAUGUCUAUGUUUUUAUUUAUUUUAUGCCAGAUCGAUUAUCUUUUUUUGGGGGUUAUUUACUAAUUAUCUUUUGCAAUAUUUGCCUAAUUUUUAUGUUUUCUAUGGACAAUACGGACUAAUUACACUCCUUAAUGAGUGGUGGAAUGCAUGCAGGCAAGUGGAACGCAUCGUUGUCCUUGAUGCUGACGUCCGCACGUCCGGAUGCAGCACAAAAGAGAGGCUUGAUGUACAAAGCAUCCUAGUGACGUACCCGGAAGUGAUCCGAGCAAUGCACCCGGAAGUGUCCUUUUACAUACGGACUGGUCCGAAACGUCUCGCGCCAACACUAG